UUAAAGACAUAUUUUAAACCGCUAGCUGUUAGAUUUAGCACGCUAUUUAAUGCAACUUUGAUAGAAAAUACACUUUUACGGCCACACUGAAAGGACCCCCGAAAAUUCCGUCUACCUACGCCCUUGCGCACAUCUCAUUCAACAGUCAAUAGCAAAGAUGGCCGCGUCAUAAACCAUUCGUAGUAAUUCCGAGUCGAGACAUUUGUUUACGAGCACAGACCCUGAUCUCUGCAUUAGUCUAGCAGCUGCUAUUCCCGGAUAUACAUACAUACAUAUAUUCCACAGCGAUGCAUUUCAACGACAGCGCCAAAUGCCUGGGCAGCCGCAGCCCCCUGGCCAUCUGUUGCCUGCUCCUGCUCCUCGGCGUCGUCUUGCAGCCAGCAGCGUCUCAGACUCAAAGUUCGCAGCGUUAUCUGCAGAAUGUGGACAUCAACAAUGGCAAUAAUGAGCGAUUGCAGCAGAUUCUCAAGGGUUCGGGAGCAGGAGCGACACCCGCACAGUUUUGGCCACAGCCGCCCCAAAAGGCGAUACCCGAUGUCAAGACUGAGUUGUCCAAACUGAAUAGUACUUAUACAUACCAGUAUGGCUGGCGCAACAAUGUGAAGCUGGGAGCCGUUACGGCCGUGAGUUUCGAUAAGGCCGGCAACGUGGUGAUCUUUCAUCGCGUGAACCGCGUCUGGGGGCAGGAGACCUUCGACAACAGGAACCUCUACCAGGAGCAGUACCUUGGACCCAUCAGGGAAAGCACUAUCCUGGCGCUGGAGCCAGCGACAGGAGCAGUGAAAUACGAUUGGGGCAAGAACUUCUUCUACAUGCCGCACGGCCUAACCGUGGAUCCCGAAGACAACGUCUGGGUGACGGAUGUUGCCAUGCAUCAAGUCUUCAAGUUUCCACCCCGCGGUGGAGAUGGAAAACCGGUGCUCACGCUUGGAACGGCUUUCAAACCUGGUUCCGGCAAGAAGUUCUGCAAGCCCACGUCAGUGGCGGUGUUAGACAAUGGCGACUUCUUUGUGGCAGACGGAUACUGCAACGCUCGCAUCCUCAAGUAUACGCGUGCUGGUGAACUGAUUCUCUUUUGGGGUCAGAACUCCUUCUCUGGUGUCUCGUAUGAUGUGGCGCCGCAGAAUUACUUUGCUAUUCCCCACGCCCUGACCCUUGUGCCAGAGCUGGAGCUUCUGUGUGCCGCGGACCGAGAGAAUGGGCGGGUGCAGUGCUUCUUCUCCAGGAACGGCACCUUUCAUUCGCAGUACCACACACUGAUAGGCGAUCGCCUGUUCAGCAUGGCCUACACCCCGGCAUCGGGUGGCCAGCUGGUCAUAGUAAACGGACCCACCGCCGAGCUGGGUAUCCACCCAGAGCACUAUAAUGAGGUGCACGGUUUCGUGCUGAGCAUGCGCAGCAAGCAGGUGGUAUCCAAGUUUGGGCCCAACAACCUGGAGUUCCAUAAUCCGCACGACGUGGCCGUCACCGCUGACGGCAAUGAGAUCUACGUGGCCGAGCUGUCUCCCAUGCGCAUUCAUAAAUUUGUGCAUAGAUCGCAGACCAAGCCGAUGUCUCUGUCGGCAACCAAGGACACUAGCAACAUCGGAACCAAUAAGGUUGUGGGCGCGGAGGAUGCGGCGCCGGCACAGACGGUACACCAUCCCAGCGGUAAGGCCAUUCUGGUCGCCUCACUCAUGCUGCUAUUCGCUGGCUCCACCUUCGCUCUGGCUCUCAUCUUCGCUCGUCGGCGGAAACGAGGUUGCCUGCCAUUUGGAUCUCGGAGUCGUCGGCAUGCGUGGGAAAAGAGCGAUGGCUUUAAGCUUGGCGGCCUGCUUGAUCGGGAUCGAAACGGAUUUGAGAAACUGGACCAGCAGGCCAGCGACGAGGAGCAGGACACGACGACGACGCUGGCGAGCGCCCAAUAUGCCUAGGGCCCCCAAAACUGGGCCAGGACCAAGACUUAUGCAAGCUAACAAAGCAUUCCUAGUUCUAACUACCUGUACCUCAUUGAACACUACCGAUUUGGUUGUACUUUUGUGCUAUAUGUAUAACUUUUAAUUUGUCUUUCAUUGUUUCUGUUCAACACAAUAUUGGGCCCAUUCCGCAGAAGAUUUUUAGUUACUUCUAUGAUUUAGGCAGCAAGAGUUUAAAUUAUUAUUAUAUUAGAAGACCACAUGUACAUCUUCCUUAGCGAAAGGGCACAUUAAGCUAGCCUUUAAAAAUUAGUUAAAAUAGUACCAACGUAUACAUGGGUACCAGGGACAGCCAGUUUAUGGAAGUAUUUUUCGUAUCUCUCCUAGUUCUGCGGAAUGCGUUCCAUAUCUUGGUUCGAAAAAACGCUUAAUUUGCCAAAUUUUAAAUACAUACAUAGUCUUAUGAAAUGUCA